AUAAAACAAUUAAGCCAUAUGAUUUUGACAUUUUCAAAACAAAUGUAGAAAUAUUAUAUUUUAGACGCAAUGGUUAUUUUACAAAGAAUAUAUCGCACAAAUUUAAUGUAUCAUUUUCAACGUGCCACAAUAGCUGCUAUCUCCGGACGAGCCAGUUAUGAGCUGAAAAAAACUUCCACUAUCAACUUGCAGAAUCGUUCAAUCUGGGGUUACGUAGCGAUAGCAUUCAACAGAGUUGAUAAGGAUCGUCUCUCCAAAGUGGGUCCAGAUCGACUUUGUUCAGAAUGGAUUUUAAAAAAUGGCGGCGGAGUUGGCUUGGUAGGUAUGCAAGGCAGAAUUGUAAAGAAUUACAAUAGCCUGCCACCGGAAUCAGUGAAAUUCAAUGUAAAAGUCGUCGAUGCCAGUGAUUCAUCUAUUAUGAAAAUAGGUCUUGAGCAUUUCGCUGGUUGUCACCACAUAGAUACUGUGGUCUUUCAUAACUGUAAACAUCUCGAAGAUGGUGGACUCGAAGGUUUAACACAUUUAAAAAGUACACUAAAAAGGUUACAAGUUUCUGGGUGCUAUAAUCUGAGGGACGCCUGUUUGGAUGUAAUAUCUCAAUUAACUGCACUUGAACACUUGCGUCUGUUCGACUUGAUAUACGUUAAAGAUAUACAAGGCGUGGCUAAGAAACUUCAGAAGGAAUUGCCAAAUUGCAAGAUCGAGGCCAUCACUUCCAAAUAGAAUACAAUGUUUUCGUGGUAAAAGUGAUUUUAAAUUAUUUUACAAGGACUGGAGUUUUUGAAAUAAAUAUUUUCAAAUUAAAAAAAAUUAUUUAAUAUUUAUAGUUAUAGUCAUUAGUCUAUGAAGGCUAAUAAGUAAAAAGCACCAAUAAAAACUCACUUACUCAACUGAUUAA